AUGGCUGAGCCUGAUCUAUCAAACUCGAAUUCUUGGUGGAGUAGCUCAAUCUCCUUAACAAAUUCGAACAAAAAACACAGCCCAAAACGAGGCAGCAACGAUGCCGAGUUGAAUGGGAGAAAUGAUGGUGAAAAGAGAAGCAAAAGCAGUAACAGUAGUAAUGCUAAUAGCAAGCAUCCAGUUUACAGAGGAGUGCGAAUACGGGCAUGGGGAAAAUGGGUAUCCGAGAUCCGAGAGCCCAAGAAAAAGUCUAGGAUCUGGCUCGGGACUUUUGCAACCCCGGAAAUGGCUGCUCGGGCGCACGACGUGGCCGCCAUCGCCAUCAAGGGUGGAGCCGCCAUUCUCAACUUCCCGGAGAUAUCCCACUUGUUGCCUCGCCCCGCCACCUCCUCCCCGCGUGAUAUCCAGGCUGCUGCCACCAAGGCCGCCAACAUGGUCCACCUCUGCACUCAGCAGACAUCGUCCUCAUCAUCAUCCUCAUCAUCCUUGGUAAAUUCAUCAUCAGAAGAUGUUUCGACGAUGAAUGAAGAGGUGCAGGCCCAGGAGGAGCUGAGCCAGAUAGUCGAGCUGCCAACUCUAGGACCUAGUAAUGACUCGACUAGGCAGGAUUUCGUGUUCAGAGAAUUUUCCGAGUGGGACUAUAAUCAUCCCUGGUUGCAUAGUUUACAAGAUUGUGGAUUUUUUGAAGAAAAUACGAUUGAGAAUAUCAUAUGUAGCAGUUAUGAAGAUGAGCUGUUGGAGCGUUUCCUCGAGCAAGCUAAAUUCCUGAACAAAAUGAUCAUUGGCUGA